UUUGGAUAUCCGGUUGCAAAUUGGUAGUAUGUUCAAAUGUACUUAUGUACUUUAUGCAUUGAAUUAUGUAUUUCUUGCACAUUACACCUUAGUGAAUUGUUCCGUCUAAUAUGUCUUACGGCGUGAGUCUACCGUGCUUGAGGACGAAGCAAAAAAGAGCCAUGGAUUUGUUGGACUAUGAGUGGGGACUUUGGAAAUGUCUAGUAGAAGAGCUUGUGAACAACGAAGAGGCAGCAUGUUUAAGCACUGCAGUGCAGUGGUAUGAGAACGAGGUGAUGUCUAAGUAUGGCUGCCUGCCACAGUGGUCAGAAUUACUCACUUGUUUACAACAGGAGGAACCAGUCACUCAGAAUUGUGAACUUGAAUUUGUUCCUGUUUUCCAUACACUCUCCCCGGGACUAAAAUCAACUUUUCUACAGCUCUUGCUUCACUUCAGACAUAGAAUACCUACACUAGAGCUGGCCAAGUUUACCAAGGAAAUAGCCAGCAAUGUUUGUACCGAGUCCUGGCUUGAUGUGUACAUCAGAAUGCUUGCAGCUCAUUGUCAAUUGCUUGAUAGUGAUCUAUCUUCUGAAAGUGAGGUAGCCAAUGGAUAUGUUUUCACCUCAGAAAAUGAAAAACUAGCAUCUGAUGUAUGCCAGAAGUACACAUCCAACCACAGUCCAGAGACUUCAAUUGUCGUCCUUCACAGUAAAGAUGAAAAUCCCUCAAAAUCUCCUGAAGUGAUUGAUUUAAUAGAGGACGAUGAUUCAGAGGAACCAACCACAAAGAAAAUCAAAGUAUCAAAUGACAUUUUGAAACCAAAUAAAAUUUCGGAACCACUGGAUACAGAAACACAAGCUGAUUUGAUGAAGCUGAAAGAACAUUGGCAAACUGAAUACAAUGAUCUGCCGGAGGAGUUUAGUUUGUUUUAUACUUCAACACCCAGCCAGGUGGCAGAGUUCUGCACAUUUUUGAACCUUGAAAGUUUGACAGAAAGUGCUGUGAUAUGUGCCUGUCAGCAUCUACUGACAGUCAGUGAAAGCAUCAGCCAUGACAACAAUGUUCAGUUUCUUGAAUCAGCCCUAUUGCCAAAGCUCUUUGAUAGCUCAUCCAGACCAUUGUUAAAUCUUCUGAAAAGGCUUGGAGAAAAGCUCUCAAAACCACUCAUUGAUGGUGUUUUUGUUCAUCUUGUAAUGUCCAAGAAAUCUGGUUCCUCACAAACUGAUGUAAUAUGCAAGAUGAUGAGAAAUGCAUUGUCAGUUACAGAUCUUGUUUACUUUAUCAAAAAACUUAGCUGCACAGUACAGGACUUAUCAGAAGUUCAGUUGCCAAUUUUCCAGACACUUUUUGAACUUAAGAUUCCUCUUAAAAAGAAAGAUUUGUCACAAAUUUUGGAUGUACUGAAAAAGUCUGCAACAGAAUUUAAAAGAAAUUUGAAAUUUGGGAAGCUUGUCCUUGCCACUCUAAAUAUAUAUGGGGGACAGAUGGACAGAGAGCAUGUGUCAACCAUUCUGCAGAUAUUACAGUCUCACACAUCUUUCCUGAAAAAAUCUAUCGAGAUGGCUGUUAAGAAGCUUGGAAUCCAUUGAUGCUUGUAUUCAAUAAAAUGCCUAUUGAAAAAUAA